UGCUCACUAUCUACCGAUUUUUACACGAAUGCAAAAAGUUGAAAGAUGGGCCAAAACACAAUUGACAAAACGCCACAGAUUAACUUUCAACUUUUAGCACUCUAUACCUGGUUGGCCGACUUGAUAAUUGCAACUUCCUUUUUUACUUCCAUUUGGCGGCAGCAGCAAAUUAAGCAAUUAAAUUUGCAGAAACGUUUGGGGCAACUCAAGAAACGGCAGAAAAUUUCCAGCGAUGAAAUAUUGGUGAAUUUAAUUUUUUUUGACCGAACCGACACGAAUAAUUUGGUUUUGGGUAUUGUUGGUAAUUUUUACAGUUUUCAAACCCUCGCCCAAAGUCAACAACACCCGGUCACACUUAUUCGACGGAGUUAUCAUUCGCCGAUAAUCAUCGCCUAUGACCCGAUUAUCCAAAACGGGACUAUCGUCAUCGUCCUAUCUGGUCACACUAACCGGCACCUAUAUAGGCAGAGGCCCGGCCUCCGGCCAGUCACUUGCGUUGCGACGACUCUCGAGGAAACAUCGCCAAGGAAGAAUAUCCGGAUUCAAGAAUUGUUCUACAGUGGCUAUCCAUGGACUCGUCCAGGCUGAACUGUUUUGUCGCCAACCGGAUUUCUGAGAUGCAAUCAACCACUUCAAGCAUUACUAGGAGGCACGUUCUGGGCAAGGACAAUCCCAUGGACAUAGUGUCAAGAUGCUGCGCAGCAUCUGAGCUUAUGGAAACUAUAUGGACCAAGCUUCUUAACUUAUCUGGAUGUCCUCAACUUGUGCAAAAUUCUCAGGACACCGAGGAAGAGUUGGAGA